GGAAAAUGUCCGCUGCUACUAUCCCUCCUUCUGCGGCUUUGCCACCGGCUGUGCAAUCGCCGAAAGCAGAAGCUGCACAAAAGCCACUCAAAAAGGCAGCUAUCACUGGUGUAAGUGUGCUACUGGAGAUGACUUCUGGUGGGCUUUUCAUGGAAAAUGUCAAAAUGGAAAAACAAAGAACGUCUGCGCCUUAUCCACAAAUUGCGAGAAACGUCUUGUCACAGGGUAUCAGAGGGUUCGAAGCUGGUUUGUGGCCCUGGGGUGUGGUACUUGGAUUAUCCAAGGGAACAGUACUGGGUGGAGCUAAAGCAAACCUAGACGCCGGGUUAAAGUCGUUGGGAGUGGAUAAGAAGAAAUCCGAUCUCAUAGCAGGCUUCGGCGCAGGCGCGGUGCAAGGUGUCUUCAUGUCACCGAUUCUCCUAGCGCGCACUCGUGUGAAUCAGGCAAUCAGUGAGAGAGUUGCAUCUGGUGGCAAGAGUUUGACAGUUGCGCAGGAGAUGAAACUGUCACAAUCUAUUUUGGCCAGUGGGAUAGAAUCCGAAGGGCUGGUGAAAACUUUAACACAGGGCAUGAUGACUUGCGUAUUCAAAAGAGCCUUAGAUUGGGGUACGCGUUUCAUAUUCAUAAAUGGUUUCAGGAACUUUCUCAUUGAGAAAAGUCCGGAUGGUACGCUGACAGACGCCCAGAAGCUAUACACGUCGUUCGCAGGUGGCGCUGCUUCAGUUACUGUCACAAUGCCCAUCGAUCGUUUGAUGCCCAUCAUUCAGUCUGCAGGCGGAGGAGGCCAGUCUAUAUCCGAGGUGUUGAAAGCCAAAUUUGCAAAAGAAGGUAUAACUACUUUGCAGCGUGGUUGGGCGUUGAGAACACUACACACGGGGUAUCAUACCAUGUUCGCCAUUUUCGUGGCGGACAAGGUGUACAGUCUUUUAUCAUGAAUAAAUGAUUGUCCCUUAAUUUUUCGGUCGAAUCAGUUACCACCGCACAAAACACUGUUGGUAAGAGCGGUAUACACACCCUAAUCACCAAAGCACCAUGUACUUAGUUAAUAGUAAUAAAGAAUUAGCUGGUUGACGAACAUGACAAUGGGCACUACACAUAUCUCGG